GUCAUCCAAUCUUAGAAGGAACAGCAUCUAAUGUUAAAAGGAUUCGCCUCUGCUCUAAAAUUACAGUAAACGACAGCAGAGGAAUCUUUGUAAAUGAGUGCUUGGUGAUGAUCUCACUCUAGACAUUUCAGCUUCACCUUUGCAUAUACAUAUAUAUAUAUAUAUAGGUUGAAGCUAUUAGUCUUGCUCAAAAACUAAGUGGAUUUAGUUAAGACAAAAAUACUGAAAAUGGAAGUGGAAAUCAUUUCUACGCAACUCGUAAAACCAUCUUCUCCAACACCUCCACACCUUAAAAUCUUCAAACUUUCGCUUUUGGACCAUCUUAUUCCAGAUCCAUAUGCUCCUAUCAUCCUGUUUUACCCUAUGGAUUAUGGCUCCACUAGCCAUCUCGAGAUGGAUCCCAACAGAUUCGAGCUGCUGAAGAAAUCUUUAUCCAACACCUUAACACGCUUUUACCCUCUUGCAGGAAGGAUGAAAGAUGAUUUGUCCAUCACGUGCGACGACCAAGGAGCUUAUUUCGUUGAAGCUCGAGUGAACUGUCAUCUCCACGAGUUCCUCAAUCGACCCGACCUCCUCUUAUUGCCUAAAUUCCUUCCCCGCGACUUCAAUUCGAACGAACCGGUUGCAGGAACUUGUGUGACCAAUAUUCAAGUGAACAAGUUCCGCUGUGGCGGUAUGGCCAUUGGCAUAUGCAUUUCACAUAAGAUUCUCGACGGCGCCGCCCUAAGCACCUUUCUCAAAGCGUGGACUGCAACAGCUCGUGGCUGUAAGGAAGCUAUAUAUCCCAAUUUCAUUUCUACGUCUUUGUUCCCCGCCACCGAUGAUUUGUGGCUUAGGGAUUCAUCACUGGUGAUGUGGGGUUCUUUGUUCAAGAAAGGCAAGAGUGUUACUAGGAGAAUCGUAUUCGGUGCUUCAUCAGUAGCCGCUCUCAAGGCCCAAGCUACCAUCUCAGGCGUCCGAUGCCCUACUCAAGUUGAGACUGUUUCAGCUUUCUUAUGGAAGUGCACCAUGGCCGCUUCCAAAGAAAAAAAUGGUCGCCAUAGCAGUAGACCUUCUUUAUUGACCCACCUAGUAAAUCUACGGAGAAGAAUGGCGCACAACAUGGAGAACUCUACGGGGAAUCUCCUGUGGGUAGCAUCAGCGAAAAGUAGCAAGGCUGAGAAUUUGUCAGAUUUGCCUGACUUGGUAAGACGGUUGAGGGAAGCAAUAUCAAGGGUUGAUGGUGACCUUAUAAAGAAACUAAGAGAUAAUGAUCAAGGGAAAUCUCUGUUUUCUAAAGCUCUUACAGAAAUAGGUGAUGAGGUCUCCAAAGAAGGACUGGAGCAUUAUGGGUUCACCAGUUGGUGUAAGUUGGGGUUUUACGAAGCUGACUUUGGAUGGGGAAAACCUGUAUGGGUCAGCAGUUUUGGGAUGGAAAAUGCAGUGUACAUGAAUCUCAUCAUUCUGGUGGACAUCGGAGCUGGUGAUGGCAUAGAAGCAUGGGUGACCUUGGAUGAACAACACAUGGCAGCACUUGAACGUGACGGGGAGCUCCUCCAAUUGGCUAUGUUUGAUCCCAGUCCUUUGAUGAUCAGCAACUCAUUCCUGCAUUAGCUUGUUCAUAUCGAUUAGUCACUUUUAUUUUUUUCUGGCAAUGAAAGAAAAAGAUAUGCAGUAAAAACUAUGGUAAAUUGCAAGUGUAUGUUGUGUUGCUGGUAAUUAGAAUUUGACCAAUGUGAUGAAUGAGAUUAGUUCAUCACCGUGACCAUCCAGUCCAACAUCCAAAGUGGAAAUGGACCGGCAAGAUGAAGGUUGAGACCCCAACAAUCAAGCUACGAAAGUUCAGCCCAAAAGGACACCUAUGCUAGUGUUAAGACCCGUGCAUCAAGGUUUGUGAUUGUGAUUAAGGCGCUCAUUAUCGAGUUAAAUUGCUCGUGAUCCGAUAAACAUUCGAGUAAUUUGUAUUCUAAACAUAAGAUAGUAGAAAGUUUAAUUUUUCUUACAACUCUAUCUUAUAGAUUAGUGUAAAAGUGAAUUAUUCAAUGUACAAUUAAUGGGAACUCAACCUUCAUUAAAACUCUAUAUUGUAGAUAAGUUUAAAUGUGAACCUUGAUGUAAUUUAGUUUAUGCCAUUAAGGGGAGCUAUAUUGAGGCUUUCCGUAUCAUUCACCAUUGAGUGAUCAAUACACAACAAAUAUUUAGAGUUUUUCUUA